AUGCUGCGGUCGUCUAGUUCGGCAGUUGGAUUGGCGAGUACAGUGUUGGAGGCGUGGCAACACAGCACAGUCGCCCCCACAGAUGUCGACCGAGCCCGAGCAGUGCCGCGUUCAAAUUUCCAACAGUUGAAUGCGUAUUGUAACUGUUCGGCGGCGAAUCUUAACGCCACGCGACGCGACGUUGCCACUUCGCGCUACGAUAUAGGAGGUUUUGCUAUAACAAAACAAACGGAAUCCAGCUUUGAUCCAAUCCCGCAAAAACAGAUCAGUCAAGUUAUGGCUGCCUAUAACAGCAUUACAGAGGUGACGGUUCAGGGCGAAUUGAACUUUGUUAUUUGA